AGAUAAAUAGAUUUUAAGUGCCCUCUGUGUGCAAAAGCCUAAUUCAGUACUUUCACUAACUAGGAUAUCCACUGUGGGGCAUUGCUUUAAUCUUAACAGUUCUGAAAGCUGAUCAAAGCGGUGCUUUAAAUCUUAACUUUAUCUGAUAUGUUAAACCGUUUCAUCACCUUUAUCAUAUCCUUACAUUUAGAUUUGAACUGUAAAUUUUUAUAAUUACAAAUUUCAACACAUUAAAAUUUCCUUGUUGAAAUCAUCUGCAUAAAAUUUAAUAAUAAUUCUAUCCUGAACAGUCAGAAAUAGGUUCAUUCUAAAAAAGCUUCACUUCUUUGUAACUGUGCUCUCUUUGUUAUCCCCCCCCCUUAUUUGUCUUCCUUUUAAAUAUUUAAUUCAAAUAAUAUUUCUAAUUUUGUUUUGAAGCUAUACAUAUUUGUAAUAAAGUUGUUUAUAUUAUUAUAAAAUAAUAUUGUAGUUAUUGAACUUGAUAAUAGUUGUAAUGAUUGCUUGCAAUGUAUUUCGUACCCAAAGCAUUUUUUCCAAUAAUGCGUAUUGUUAAACAAAUUUGUAUUCAUCCACUUUAUCCAAAAUGUAGCCAUUUCUACUUAAACUGCUAGCUUUCAUUUUAUUUCUGGAUCAGUUGUUUUUAUGUAAAUACAAUUUAUUUCUCUAAUCUUUUGCGUUAGCUAGCGUAGUCCAUUUUGUAUUUGACAAAAGUUUUAUGAUUAAAUGUUUCUUUAAGGUGCAAGCAUCUAAUAUGUUCCAUUCAAAGGAAAAAUAUAGAGUUUGUGAAUUACAUUUAAAAAAAAUUACUCGAUACAACUCUCUACUGCUGCAUUGUUCAUCAAUUUAAUAGGAAGGUUUUAUCAGGAAGAAAUUCUGCAGAGUUUUGUUAUUUAAUAAAAUUGUGAAGUCAGUUUUAAUUACUGGACAUUUUAUUUGACAGUUUCGAAUAUCAGUAUUCAUUUCUUAGAAAUAUUUUACUGUUACCUGGCUCAAACAUUUUGCUGUAUGGGAACUAAUAAUAGCAUAAACAAAAUAAAUCUUAUUUGCAUGUAAAAAUAUUGAAUUAGGAUAGUUAUUCUAUCCAUGUAGAAUGUGUCAGAUAUAAAUUCUGGUAUUAUUUCAAGCAUUAAUAACAGAUGCCCUAUCUUUACAGUUGGACCCUAGGCAUGUGUCUCUUUUGCUAAGCGUAUUUUCAGUAUGAAUGAGAAUUCGAAGCCAUCUACCUCUAGCCAAUCUCAAGCUGGAAGCCGUGAUUCUGUUAAAAAAAGUUUAAAAGAGCAAAUUGCAGAGAAGAAACAGAAAUGGAAGCAGUGGCCACGUAAUAAAAAAUUUGCAAAGCUUAGUUCUUUCUCAGCAUGCAGGGCUGAGAAAAGUUGUUCUUGUACAAGGUGGAAAAAUCUCAACAGUAAUGAAGCUUCAUUUCAUUAUGAUGCAUCAGAAUCUGGGGUAGAUUUAAGUUGUCUCUGUCUUUGUCAGCAUCCCUUGUCUGAUCAUAUAUCUCAUUUGAAGAAUUUUAGUGAUGAUGAUUUGAAUGGACUUCUGGGCAGAGUUGUUGACAUUGAAAACUUAACAAUGUUGCUUCGCAAUGAAGAAGAUACCGACACUAAACAAAUAUAUUUUACCCUUUCUAAAGUUCUUAAGAAAAGUGUUCUGCUUUUAACAAAACCUGCAAUAGUUUUAACAAAGCCCCAUCAGUCUCCUCCAUUUGAGUCACCUAGUAUUGCGCAGGCUGUUACAAAUUUUGUAAAUUAUCAAUUUAGCAAUGUGAGUAAGGAUAUAUUUCAAAUAAAUGUUCAGCUGGCUAAAGUUUUCCUACGCUGUUUGAACUGUACAAAGUUGGAGACACCGAAUGCCUAUAAAAACCGAUCACCUGAUGCAGAUUUUGAAGUCUAUAAAUCAAAUUACAAUAGGUGGCUUUAUUUCUGUCAUGUUCCUGCUUUCUGUGAUAGUUUUCAACGCUAUGAAACUGCAUCAGUUUUCGGUCGAACUCUACUAAUAUCAGUAUUUAGCAUACUGCAACAGCAAGUAUUGAGUAAAGUCCUUUCCACUAAAGACAAACCUGAAAUAAAAAACAUUAUUUCAAUUCACUUUCCUAGAUUUUUAUCUAUGUUGAAGGAAGAAGCAUUUAAUCCAGAUUCACCUAUCUGGAAUCCGGAUUUUAAACCUCCUGAGACUAAUGCUUCAGGAAUUAUUAUGACAUGUAAUGAUAUACAAAACAAACCAGUUGAAAAAAAAGGAACAAAUAUGGCAGCCAAUGAUAUGCAAAGUAAACUUGUUGAAAGAUCACAUACCUCUGCAUCACAAAGCUGGGAGACUUCUAUGAAUUCUGCUGCUUCAAAAUUUACAAAAUCAUCUUCCUCUGAACAUAAUUCAGGUGAAAUUUCUAAAGAAGUUCUUUGUGAAGUGAUACAAAGCAUUAAAGAUCCUGGAAAGAUGCUGGGACCUGAUGCUUUUGCUGUAAGUACCCCUCGUGAUGAAGGUGCACGUAUAGCAGAGCGUAAAGGCAAAAUUCACGUACAUAUUGUUGGAAAUUCAUUAUCACAAGAAGUUAGUGACCAAAGCCUUAUCUGGAUGGUUGGAUUAAGAAAUCUUAUUUCACGUAAUCUUCCUGCAAUGCCCAAACCCUACAUAACAAGAUUUGUUUUUGAUCCGAAACAUAAAAAUCUGGUGAUUGUUGAGGAUACCACUGUAACUGGGGGCAUUUGUUUCCGCAUGUUUCCUAGUCAAGGUUUCACUGAAAUAGUAUUUUGUGCAGUUUCCCUAGACAAGCAAGUUCAAGGGUAUGGAACACACAUGAUGAAUCACCUGAAAGAUUACCAUAUAAAGCAAAAUAUUCUGCACUUUUUAACCUAUGGUGAUAAAUUUGCAAUAGGUUAUUUUAAAAAACAGGGUUUUACUAUGGACAUCAAGUUACCUAAAAAAGUUUAUGAGGGCUACAUAAAGGAUUAUGAAGGUGCUACAUUAAUGGAAUGUAGACUUAAUCCAAAAGUGCAAUAUACUAAACUAUCUGAAGUAAUUCGAGUUCAGAAAGAGAUUGUUAGAAGAUUGAUAGAGAGAAACCAAGGCUCAGUGCCGAAAGUUUAUCCAGGUUUAACAUGUUUUGAUGAAGGAGUUGGCGGAAUACUUGUUAAAAGUAUUCCUGGUGUCUCAGAGGCAAAUUCUAUGCCAGAUAAAAAGAUUAAAAGAGAAAGCAAUGAUCCUGAACUCCUCUUUCAGAAGUUGAAAUUAAUAUUAACUCAGAUUAAAAAUCAUAGUUGUGCAUGGCCAUUUCAAAAGCCAGUAGACAAAACAGAAGCUCCGGAUUAUUAUGAACAUAUCAAAUCUCCUAUGGAUUUGCAGACUAUGACAGAAAGACUGAAAAACCGCUACUACAGCAAUUUUGUUGAUUUCCGUUCUGAUAUGCAAAAAAUAUUUAAUAACUGCAAGACUUAUAAUAGUAGUGAUUCAGAGUAUUAUAAAUAUGCUUGCACUCUGGAAACUCAUUUCCAAAAUAAAAUGAGAGAGGCAGGAUUUUCAGACAAAUAAAUUAUUUUUAUAUCAUUAACUGCAAAAACCAAUUUUAAUACCUUUGUAACAAGUUUUAAACAAUUGUAUACAUUUUUUUCAUGGAAGUAAUGUCAUUUCUAAUACUAUCAGAUCUGAAUGAUGUUGUCAUUAUUUUUGUGUAUGUCAUAAGGUAUCAUUUUUGUGUAAUUAAAUUAUUUAUAAAAAAUUGUUUUUAUUAUUUUUUAGAUUUUUGUACAUUUCAUAUUUUUAAGAUAUUUAAAAAAGAGACUUUAUUAUUUUUUUGAAUUCAUUAAAAUAUUUUGAUGUUUUAUUUUGGAAAUUCAAAUAUGCCUCCAAGAAUUCAACGUUCAAACCCCCCCCCUUUUUUUUUUUUUUUUUUUUGUUUUGUUUUGUUAAGAGUUGCUUUAUGUUAUUCAUUGCAGUUCUGAAAUAGAAACAAUGUUAGAUAUUACAUGUAUAUUAACUUUAUAGGAAUCAUGUUAGUAGUAUGCAUUAUAAAGGGCAGAAGAAAGCUCAGUUCACUUAAACCAUAAAUCUUUCUCAUAAAGCAGACCUGUGCUGGUGACAUAGCUGAUUUUGUUCUUGGAAAUAAUUCACUGUUCUUCAGCAAACAUGUGAGAACUAAUUCACAGAAGCUAUCGAGUUUAGUGGCUGUAGAUGACAUUACAGUUCUAACCAGUCCCGUUCAUAUUAUUUCAUAAAUGUUGCAAUAAUAAUGUUUUGCCUAUCUCUUAAAGGGCCAUAAAAAUCAUGAAUAAUAUGAUUUCAGAGAUUCUCCAACAUAUCAAGGGAAAGAUGUACGUAGGCAAAUUAAGUUUAGUAAUUAAUUAUGAUUCCAAAUUGGCCACAUCCAUGUAUAUAUAUAUAUAUAACCAAGAAAAUUGGUCAAAUGUGACAGAACGAAUGGAACCGUUCUCCAAGGCAGGAGAACACAUGGAUUAAUAAAUGUCAUAAAUUGGAAAAGAUGUCUCAUAUCUGGACAAAGAUCCUUCCCCACUUACUAUUGUGAGAGAAAUAUCUACUUUUCAGACAACUGUGUUUGUGGAGAAAUAUGAUCUCAAGAACACCACCUGUUAUUGCCUAUUAACACAAGCAAAUAACAUUUUUAGACAAACUAUUAACAGUUUUGAAGAUGUAUCAUGAAUGAUCCAGUUUCAUUGCAAAAUCAACAGUAUUGUCAAAUACCCAAGGCCAUUUCUGGCUGUGGUGUAGCAUGUAAAAGUACGUAGGUGGCAGGACUCUCACAAUACCAUGCCUAAAUAUUUUAAAAUCAUGAAAUUCAUUGUAAGUACUUGUCAUAUGUAAGUACUUUUUACACAAUUUGUCGUAUAUAAGUACUUAGUAUGAAAUAAAAAAUUUUAUUAAUCACUAACCCUUUUCUAUUUUCAAUUUGGGGGUGUCGAUCUUUGGAAAAUACGUGGGAAUAAUGACCUACGAAUGGCCCUGCAAAUACCUUCCAGAACAAGAUCAAGGUAUUUGUGAGCAAUAAUUGUUAUGAAAAAGUCUAUAAUAUGGAGUGUUAUAUUAGUAUAUAUAUCCUUUUUGUAUGCUGACUUCAUGGAAAUGUUUUGGAAAGAUAGCACAGAUCUUCUGUAGGAAGCUUUGACUCUAUCAAUAGCAUCAUAGGACAGUACCUGUAUUACCGUGUGGUAACGUCCUGGUGUCCCAUUGCUGUCUUGUUUAUGAAAACAUUUAAUGUUUGAAUGAAAUACUAUUUUCUCGAGAUCAUAUAUUCGUGAUUUUGAUAUUUUGAUUAUGGGUGGAUUUCUUCUGGAAGAAGUGAAUAGGACUGCUAGUAGAGAUAAAUUUAUUAAUAACAGUUUAACUUAUUUGAAAAUAAACAUUUUAUUACUUCUGCAAUAAGUUGAAAUAAGUAAGUUUUUCCCCGAAGAAAGAGAAAUGUGGGGGAAAGUUUACUUAUUUACUGAUGUGGCAUUUCAGUUAUUUUCUUUGAAACAUGUUGGCGUAAUAAAAAAAUUGUCAUUAUAA